UAAAAAUACAAAUGUCAAAAAGAGGCUCAAAAAUUAAAUUGAUCCACGAAGAAGAGACCAAGAAAAAGAAAGGCAAAAGCUUCAAAAGGAAGCUCUGGUCAAAAGAAGAGGAUACAGCUAUCACAAACUUGGUCAAAGAGAUUGGAGAGUGUAACUGGGGAAAAAUUGCAGAGAGAAUGAGCACAGACUACGAUAUUAAGGGUAGGACCGGAAAACAGUGCAGAGAGAGGUGGCAUAAUCAUCUUGCACCUGACGUUAAAAAGGAACCUCUAACCGAAACUGAGGAAAACCAAAUUUUUUUGUUACAUAUUAAACAGAACUUGAAAUGGGCUGAAAUUGCGAAGACUCUUGGAAAGCGUACUGAUAACGCUAUCAAGAAUCACUUUUAUGCUACUCUGAGGAGAUAUAUGAGAAGAGCUAAUAAAAUCAUGAAAAGUGAAGCAUUCAAAAAUCUUACAGAAUACCCUCUUGUAAAACUGACUUGUGACUAUAUCUACAAAUGCUUGAUGGACAAGAAGAUUAGUUAUGAAGAACUGUCAACAGUAGAUUCAGAAAAAUGGCAAUGGAUAAACAAGCACUAUUUAAAAGAGCUCUCACUGAAGAAAAACGAGAAAGAGUUUAGAGAAGUCAAAGUCACCUUGAACGAAAUAGUCAAUAGAAGGGUUAAAGUCCUAGUGGCGGCUGAAGAUGAAGCACAAAUUGAGGAUGGGUCAGUUUCAAGGCGUUCAUCUCGACUUUCAUCUAAAAAGCGGAACAAUUAUUCGGAAGAAUCUGAUAAUUUUAAUUUAUAUCUCCUCUUGGAACUGAUAAAUUAUGACCCAGAUUGGAAGAAGCAAGGUAACAAAAGAAUAUCUUCCAACCCAUAUAAGACUGCCUUUAAGAGGGUUAAAAUUAGUGAGACCAUUGAAAAUGUCAAAAAGGCUGAGAAAAUCCCUUCCCAAGUCUUUAGCAAUGGGUCUUUUGGUGACAAGACUAAGAGAGCUGUGAGUAAGUUACAGAACCCAAAGCUUGAUGAAAUACUCCAAAACAACGAAUCUGGUGGAGAUAGUGAUAAUGACUCCUUAGAUAUGAACAUUGGAAAGAAAGUUAAAAAGAAUGUGCAUGGAUACAAGCCAAAUGUUGCAUUUGCUGAAGAUAGAAACUUUAGCAACGUGAGCUUCCUCCAAGAUGCCAGAAAUAUUAGUAAGACUUCAUCUAUCGGAAGGAAAUCUAAUCCUUUCAACUAUGCAACUCCAAGUGGGGGUUUCAAAAAUCCUUUUGAUAAAAACAGUUCAAUUGCGUUUGAUAAAUUUUCAAAUCCUGGUAAUUUUGGCAGGAAUAAAACAAAAGUUCUCAACUUUGAUAAUGUAAAUCGCUUUGGAAGAGAAGAGUCAGAUCCGAGCUAUAGACAAUCCAUAUUCAAUGAUUCCAACCAAUUCCAGACAGCUGAUCAUCACUUUGGGCUUACUAACAACUUUUCCCCCGGCUUCUACUCAGGAUUAAGGUCAAACCCCAUGAACAUGGUCGAGAAAGAGUUAUCAAAUCCCAGAAUUCAGGCAGCAAACCCUCAACAAAUGCCUCGUUUGCAGAUGGAUAACUUCCAGUCUUCCAACAUGAACACUAAAAAUCCUUCAAUUCCAAAUCUAGAGGGGUCGCACAACACAGCUAGUUUUGGUCAACUGAAUCUUAGAAGUGGAAGAACUGUAUCUCAAGUAGCAAUGACUAAGACCAAAUCUAAUGCGUCUAGUAUUGCCCAAAAGAGGGAGGUUUCUCACCCUAUCGGUUCUCAGGUCAGGACAAGGUCGAGUGGGCUAAAACUAAACAGAUAAAUGUCUCUAAGAUUAAGCCCGUAAUAGGUUAACUCGUAAUGCUUGUUCCAUUUGACUCUGAAUCUGUAGCUAAUUUCUUCCUGCAAUACUAGGUUUAAUUUAUAUAAUUCCUUGAGGAAGCUGUAUUCUAGCGAGCCAAAUAGAUCGAUUAGUGUUGAUUUAGACGACAUC